AAUUAAAGUAAGUAAUAAAACAAACAGCUUCAUCAAUCAUUUGGUUUCCGUUAUUAUCAUUUUGGAUCCGAGACAGAUUCCCUGCGAUCUCACGGAUUGAAUUUUCAAUUAAUCAAGAACAAAAACAGCAAUGGCGACCUUUCUGAAGCUUGAAGAUUCACCUAUGUUUCAGAAGCAGAUAUGUUCUUUAGAGCUCAUGGCUGACGAUUUGAAAUAUCGCUGUCAAAUACUAUACAAAGGCAGCAAAAAGUUUCUGACAGCCCUUGUAGAAGCACAUAAUGGAGAAAAUAGCUUUGCUGAUUCUUUAGAAGCAUUUGGUAGUGGGAAGGAUGAUCCUGAUAGUUUAUCCGUAGGAGAUUUCCAAGGGCCAAUCAUGUCCAAGUUCAUCGAAACUUUUCGUGAGCUGGCUAGCUAUAAAGAGUUGCUUCGUUCACAAGUGGAUCAUGUGUUAAUUGAUCGACUGAUGCACUUUAUGACUGUUGAUGUGCAAGAUGCAAAGGAGUCUCGUCGACGGUUUGACAAAGCUAUAACUGCAUAUGAUCAGGCACGUGAAAGGUUCGUUUCUUUGAAGAAGAACACACCAGAAGAUAUUGUUGCUGAGCUAGAAGAGGAUCUACAAAAUUCAAAAUCUACUUUUGAGAGAAGCCGCUUCAAUUUAGUAAGUGUGCUAAUGAAUAUUGAAGCAAAAAAGAAGUACGAGUUUCUGGAAUCUAUAAGUGCAAUUAUGGAUAGUCAUCUUAAAUAUUUUAAGCUGGGGUAUGAAUUAUUGAAGCAGUUAGAACCAUUUAUUCACCAGGUAUAUACAUAUGCUCAGCAGGAAAAAGAAUUAGCAAAAGCUGAGCAGUGUAGUCUUGAGAAACGUAUUCAAGAAUACAGGACCCAAGCUGAGAUUGAUACUCUAAAAGCUUCAAGUAACAUAGGGUCUUCAACGAGUUCUGGUGGCAUUUUUGUUAUGGGCAUAAAUUCAGACAAAAACAUAGAAGCAAUCAUGCAGUCCUCAAUAAACGGGGAGGUCCAGACAAUCAAACAAGGAUAUUUGUUGAAACGAUCUUCAAGUUUGAGGGGAGAUUGGAAGAGGAGGUUCUUUGUGCUUGAUAGUCAAGGAACACUGUACUAUUAUAGGAAUAAGGGUAUCAAACCAACGAGUUUUCUCCAUCAGUAUGCUGGUGCAGUUGACCAUAAUAGCGGUGUAUUUGCUAAAUUUCGUUCAAUAUAUAAGACAUCAUCUAAUGAAAAUCUGGGAUGUCGUACCGUUGAUCUUCGUACUUCAACAAUAAAAAUGGAUGCGGAAGAUACAGACUUACGGCUCUGCUUUAGGAUCAUAUCUCCUCUUAAAACUUACACAUUGCAGGCUGAAAAUGUGGGGGAUAGAAUGGACUGGGUUAAUAAAAUAACUGCAGUUAUUACAUCUCUUUUGAACAAUCAAUGCCUGCAGCAGCAUGUGGAGAAUAAUGACUAUGCUCGCAGAACUUCUAAUGUUUUGUUACCUUAUAACCAAGGUACUUCAGAUGAUCAAAUAGGCAACAGAGCAGAACCUGUUUCUGCAGUCCUCCGAGAAAUUCCCGGAAAUUAUUUUUGUGCAGAGUGCAAUUCGCAUGAACCCGAUUGGGCAUCUCUUAAUCUUGGCAUAUUAUUAUGCAUCGAAUGCUCUGGUGCUCACCGCAAUCUCGGUGUACACAUUUCAAAGGUGAGAUCUUUGACAUUAGAUGUCAAAGUGUGGGAACCUUCUGUUGUGGAACUGUUUCGUACUCUGGGCAAUUCUUAUUGUAACUCUAUAUGGGAAGGUUCACUCCUUCAGAAUAAGAGUGUGGAUGAAUCAAAUCCUAUUAGCACAUCAAUAACAAAACCUUGUCCCAAAGACCCAAUUUCGGAUAAAGAGAAAUAUAUUAACGCUAAGUACGUAAGCAAAUUGCUAAUCAUCAGAGAUCCAGAGCAAUAUGGAGUGUCUACAAACCACAUAAACAUCUGGCAAGCAGUUAAGGCUGAUAAUUUACGAGAAGUAUAUCGUCUAAUUGCAUUUUCAGACACCAAUAUUGUAAAUUCCACCUUUGAUGAUGUCUUCAGCGUGGAGUGGUAUCACCAUGCUGAUGCUCACGACCAAAAAAUUGAUAGCUACACUGAGCAGAGUAUACAGAAUGAUCCAUCGGCCUGUCAGAGAAUCAAGAAUUCAAAUGACCCUACUUAUUGUCUACAAGGUUGUUCACUGUUGCAUCUGGCAUGCCAAAAUGGCAAUCCUGUGUUGGUUGAGUUGUUGAUGCUAUCUGGUGCCGAUAUAAAUAUGCGCGAUUUCCAUGGCAGGACUCCUUUACACCAUUGCAUUGCUACAGGCCAUUACACUUUGGCAAAGCAUAUACUGAAAAGAGGUGCACGGGCUUCAAUUAGAGAUGGUGGGGGAUUUAGUGCAUUAGAUAGGGCUAUGGAGAUGGGGGAAAUUACAGAUGAGGGGCUACUUGUUUUGCUUGAUGAAAGCCAUUGAAGAAAACUGCUUAUGAAGCUUGCUUCUCUCCCAUGAUUAUGAUUCUCACUUGUGUUGGCAGUUGUUGCCUAUUUGCAUAAUCUUCUGAUUUAUCAACAUUUCCAAUUGGUUCUCCUGCAUUAACUCGAUCGAUUCUUGAAAGAGUGUUGGAAACUUCCCUUUUGUUCU